CCAGCCUCGGCCUAACGCAGGGGGGGCGGGAGGGGGGGGGUGGCAAGAGGAAAGGAAAGAGAAGAACAGGCUGGACGGUGCAAAAAACAAACAAAACAAAACCCCAACAGGAUUUAUGCCCAGAAGGAUCUAAGCAGGAAAAUCCAGGCUCGGGGCCGGCUGGAUGUUAAAAUCCCUGCAUUUUCCACAAAUACAAGCCACUGUCUCAACUUUGGGCCAUGAAGCUGGAGAAAACUAGAUUUCUCGGACGUCCCUUUGCAGAAGAGAAGGCCAAAGCUGACCAAAACAAAACAAGAAUCCCCUCCACAGCUUGAAGGACAAAAUAAACCACACACACGCGCACACACAUAGAAAGAUCUGGUACAGAUGAAAACUUGAAAGCGAAGGCCGCGAGAGAGGCAAACGCACGCACACACACACACCAGGUUUCAAAUAAUUGAGUGUAAAAUCGGGGAGAAAAACGGCAGUAUUGAAUGUUCAAUGACCCUCCUAGGAACUGGUGAGUGAAGGGGAAAAGAAAAAAAAACCAAAUAUAUUUAAGGAACCUUUUGAGGAGUUUGCAUCCAAUGUUCAUCGGUGCCUAACCAAAGGAGAAAAGACUCAGCCAAUACAACCUCGUGCCAUGCGCAAUUUUUAUGAAACGGGCGCCUGCUUAUAGCAAAGAUCAGAAAGGAAUCUGUCGAAGGCGAACACAGGAUCCAACUGAAGUUUUGGGUGAAGUUUGCGCAUUUUCGGCUGCUGGAAAAGAAAAAUUCAAAAUAUCGCCCCUGAUUAAAAGAAACUUGCUUCUGAAGUCGGUGAAGAGGCUUUUUUUGGGGUGGGGGCGUCCAAAAAAGACAACCCCUUUGGGGAAAACCUCACAUUUACUUGAGAAAAACUGAGAAUUAAGAAGCCAAAGGAUGGAGGCGCAUGUGCUGGCCGCAGAGGAAGCUCGGGGGGAGACGGAGCCCGCUGAAUCUGCCCCCCCUGAGCCCACGGAGGCCGGCCUGGGUGGCCAGGAGGUGGUUGCUUCUGAUCUCCCUGCAGGGGCUGCCCAAGAGACCCCAGCCCACCUCGUCCAGGAUGGUGCCCAAAGCGUCCCGCAGAAAGACGAGGGCCGGGUUUCCUCUGAAGAAGCGGCUGAAGGGGGGCGAAAGGAAGGACCCCCGUCCCCGAGUGAGGAGGCCUCCCCACUGCCAGCCCCUCCGGUGCCCGCCGGCUGCAGCCCAGCUGAGGAUGCCCCCAAGCCACGCCCGUCUCCAGCCAGCCAGCCCAAGGCGCCGGACUUCUACUGCGUGAAGUGGAUCACCUGGAAGGGCGAGAGGACACCGGUCAUCAUGCAGAGCGAAAACGGCCCCUGCCCGCUGCUGGCCAUCAUGAACAUCCUCUUUCUGCAGUGGAAGGUGAAGCUGCCUGCCCAGAAGGAAGUGGUCACCUCGGACGAGCUGAUGGCUUAUCUCGGGGAUUGCCUCCUGUCCAUCAAGCCUCAGGACCAAGCGGAGGCCGUCCAGCUCAACUUCCAGCAGAACGUCAAUGACGCCAUGACGGUCCUUUCCAAGCUGUCCACGGGGCUGGACGUCAACGUGAGGUUCACGGGGGUCUCGGAUUUCGAAUACACCCCCGAGUGCAUCGUUUUCGACCUCCUGAACGUCCCCCUUUAUCACGGCUGGCUGGUGGAUCCCCAGAUUCCCGAGGUGGCCGGAGCUGUCAGCAAACUGAGCUACAACCAGCUGGUGGAAAAAAUUAUCACUUGUAAACACUCUAGUGACCCAAACUUGGUGACGGAAGGCCUAAUUGCAGAACAAUUUUUGGAGUCCACAGCAUCGCAGCUGACCUACCACGGUCUCUGCGAACUGACCUCCACCGUCAAGGAAGGCGAACUGAGCGUUUUCUUCCGAAACAACCACUUCAGUGCCAUGAUCAAGCACAAGAGCCACCUCUACCUGCUGGUGACCGACCAGGGUUUCCUGAACGAAGACCAGGUCACCUGGGAGAGCCUCCACAACGUGGAUGGGGACAGCUGCUUCUGCGACGCCGAAUUCCGCCUGAGCCACACGCUGGGCAAGGAGGCCGCAGGGGGCUCCCCGGUGGACCAGAGGCAGGUGGACCAGGACUAUAUGAUUGCCUUGUGCCUCCAACGCCAGCAAGGGGCCCCCGUCAUGAGCGACCUGGAGCUGGCACAGCAGCUGCAGCAGGAGGAGUACCAGCAGACCCCGCCGGCACCCAGCCCCUUGCCCUCCCCAGCACAGGGGAGAAGCCCCCCACCUCCCCGCCCCGCCGGAGAGCGCAGGCCGCGCCAGAAGGUGGACACGGACUGCACCGUCCUCUGAGGCCAGCCUGGCAGGAGCCCCACGAGGGCCCCCCCCUUUUCCUUCCAGGGCCUGCAGCUGAGAAGGACACGCCCCCCUCCCCUCAAUUUGCUUCAGGGGCACGUCGGAUGAGGGUCUCCUGCAGCACCCCAAAGGCUUCAGAACCUGGGGGGGCCGGGGAAUGGCUCUCUUUCGGAAAAAAAACCGCACACAGGAGGGGGGGGCUGGAUUUACUUCUCCCACCGGGGUGGGGGCGGGGUCUACGAGGGAAAGGGGACAGGGAAGCUAAGAGGGGAGUCAGCUGGGCUCCCCACGAAGGUUGGGCCCAUUUAUGGGGAGGGUCUCCCAUGGGAUUCCUGUUUCUUGUUUUGGGGUGGGACACAAAGGGCCGCUCCGGUUGGAGAAACUGAGUCCCGGCCUGGAAAGGCUGAGCCUUCGGAUGGGGGGGGGGGGGGCGCACUUCUCUGGCACCCCAGAUUGGGGCAUCGCCAAAGCCCCCGAGGGCCCCACGUGUGCCCAGGCGAGGGCCCGCUUGCAAAGUAACCCCCCCCCCCCGGAUCAAUCCAAGCGGUGCAGUUUUUCACCCGAUGGGAAAAUGGAUUCUUUUGCCAAAAGCACCUUUUGAGGGGGGGUGUUUAAACACUGGUUUUUUUCACCUUCUCAAAGCCCCCCCCCCCCCGAAGCGAUGCAGAAACUCCUCGGGUGAUGCAGUCCAAACGAAGUCUCUCUCUCUCUUUCUCUCUCUCCCUUUUUCUUUCUCUCUUUU